AUGUCGCACCCAGGACAGAACUUCGAGAAGUUUGCCGACACCGGAAAGUUCGAAGGCGGCAACUUCUCAAUCACCCACCGCGACGCUAAUGCAGUCCUCACCGUGACGCUCGAGGACAAGGCCCAGCUCUUCUCCGAGACAGGCGCCAUGAUCCACAUGUCUGGCAGCAUUAAGCUGGACGCCAAGACAAAGGUCUCAUGGAAGAAAUUUCUACUUGAUGACAUGACCCAUUCGAUCUAUACCGGCCCCGGCACGGUGACGAUUGGCCCCCCUUUCCUCGGGGAUGUUUUCGCUCUUCCCGUCAACAGCGCCGUGGACACGAGCAUGUGGGUGAUGCGUAGAGAGGCCGCUCUCGCUUGGACGUCGGGUGUGACCAAGACGGUCAAGAAGCAGAGUUUCAAGAAUUCCUUUUGGCAUGAUGAGCCGUACCACGUCUACGAGCUCGGGGGUAAUGGCAUCAUGUUCUUGACAGGUUUUGGUGCCGUUGAUCGCAUUGAUCUCAAGGAAGGUCAAACUCAUUUUGUCGAUAAUGGCCACUCGAUAGCCUGGACGUGCAGCUACACGGUGGUGAAGGCGGGAGGUAGUUGGCUGAAGAGUUCGAGCACCGGCGAGGGACGCAUCCUUCAAUUCGAAGGACCGGGAUCUAUUUUCAUCCAGACUCGCAGGCUAGACGAGUUCGAGGAGUUAGUUCAGGCCUGCUUCCCAGAUACGGAGUAA